AGCCGUGGGCCCUUCCAAAAAUCUAUUAGCCAGAGCAAGUUCAUCAGCAGUUGCACAAAAGCAUUCAGCGCAUACAUUAUAGGUAAGUCCUCGGAUGAUCGGAAAAGCGCCCCUGGAUUGUUUCUUUUGUUCGGUAAGAAAAUGUGCAUGAAAAAACAACACGCGGAAUUUCGGAUGCAGAUCAAAUCACACCUUUGUGACAAGGGAGACGUCUUCCGAAUCUGGUUUUUUUUCUUUUUGAGUUCACCAUUCAAAAGUCUUCAGAUUUUCUAUUUUUGUUUGCUUUUUAUAGAAAACUUACUUCUAGAUGAAGUAUUGCUAGAGUUUGUCUUUUAGUAUAUAUAUAUUAUAACCGAUGUGGGAAAAUGAUUCCAUGCUUGGAAACUCCAAAGUGGAUACUAUUACAGUAACGACAAACUUGUCUAAUGUAACACAUGACGUCGUUGAACACGACCAUAUAAAUUUCCAUACUUAUACCGUAACUGCCAACCCCGAAGUUCCUUACCGAGGAAAGUUUAUCAUAUUGCAUGGUUGGGCGGAGCAUUCCCCCAUGUAUAUUAAUCAACUUGAAUUUUUAGCAAUGUUGGGAUAUGAUUAUCUUAUAUAUGACCAAAGAGGUAGUGGACAAACAUCCAAGGGGAAGUAUCGAGGAAGGUCAGGUCGAUACAGCACCGUAGCAUUAACAGAUCUUGAUUUCAUGAUUGAACAUUUCACUCAAGGGGAGGGAGAGAUUAACCUUAUAGGCCAUUCCAUGGGUGGGUCCAUAGCUUUAAGUUACAUGCAAAGCGGAAAAUACCGCUCAAAAAUCAACUCAGUCAUAGUAACCAGUCCAUUAAUUAGACUAAGCCCUUCCAAGCAACCAACCUGGCUACGUGUAAGCCUCGCGUCACUUAUAACAUUAUUGUUCCCUUAUUUUCACCAUUAUGAAGAACAGGAUCCAGCAGUAGUAGAAAAUGUUACCCAUAACACCAAAUGGCAAGCGUACCUUCUUGAGAAUGAGAGUUGCCAACCAGUAGGAACUAUCAAACAAAUGUUACAGUUAAUUUCGAGAGGUGAGGAUCUUUUGCAAACUGCAAGUGAAGUAGAAUCAAACGCAAAACUAUUGAUAUUUCAAAGCGAACAAGAUAUUAUUGUUGAUGCAAACGCACUGCGUGAUUAUUUUGAUCGAGUUCCUUUAGAUGUCAAGAAAUUUGAAUCAAUGCCUAAUAGUGGCCAUGCCAUAUUUUUAGAGAAUGAUUCUGUAUUAGACAGCGUCAAGAGAAUAAUUCUGGAGUUUCUUGGAUAAGAUAAUAUUCAAAUAGAACAAGUAUCUUGCAUCUUUGCCUGUCGCUGCUGAAUAUCCCGUUAGAGCGUACUAUAUGGUUUAUAUUAAAUUGCAUAUUCAUUAAAGUUU